AUGGCCGUUUGCUCCAGUUCCCCUGUAUGUGCCUCAGAGUCAGGUUCGAAUCGACAAAAGUUAGCUAUGAAAAGAAGUAGCUCACGUUCAGCGCUGGAAACUGUACUGGACUGUGAAGUAAAAGGAGCUAAUCUUGAAGACGAUGAUCUAUUCAAGGAGGUUAAAGUGAAGCAAGAAGAUCCCGAGAAUGAUGAUUUGUGUCUGACUGGUCCAGCAGAAAUCCCAGCUUCAGCAGCCACGGAACCUACUCUGGCUUUUCUUCUUUCAAAUAAUGUCAACAAGGGAAUGGAUGAGAAUGCAAAGGAGCUUCCCCAAGCAGAAAUCUCCGGUCAGGAUAUGGUUUUUUCAUUCACUGUAGGGAAAAUGGUUGCAUAA